AUGUUUACUACUUGCCGUCAAGCCUCGCGAUCUCCCCUUCCCAUCUUCAUCUUCUUCAUUGCCAGUACUUUCGAUUCAAAUUUCGCAAAGAGAUAUUCACCUCCUAUUCUCAACGGCCAGAGGGUGCAAGAUCCCUUUCCUAACAUCUAUCUCGCUGUCGACUUUGCAAGCGCCGAUCGAAAUCUGAACAUGUCAUUUAGAGCUUUCAUCAAGAACCUGGGCAAUGCCUAUACCUCACGAAUUGUCGCUGGAGUCAUCGCUGGGACAGCCACUGUCACCCUGGAUAACAAGGAGACGAGCCCGUCCCGUCGAAGCCUGGGUCACAAGCUAUCCACGGAAAAGCAAUCAAAAAUGCAGCAUAUGACUCAUGCAAAGGCCAUCAUUCCUCACCCUAAUCCAGCUCAACUAUCUAACUCAUUGCAUAUGAGGAUCGGGUUCCCUGACGCAAGGUACAAACAGAGACACGAAAGUGUUUGGGUGCAUGCAAACGAGGCCACGAAAGGACCCAUUGGGCAUCAUACCCAGCAACGGGAGAAGCCUGGCACCUCAAGUCCUCCGUCAGAUCCUUAUGACGAGGCAAAAUGGACUUUGGUACCCUAUCGCUCUGGGCUCCUGCAGCUAACCCCCAGAAGCAGGCGAGCUUUCGAUAUUGACUUCGACUUCAAGUCCACGUACGACUCAGCCUUCUGCCAUUUACAGACCGUCUCUCUUGGGCAUGAAGAGUACCUCGAGGCUGCAGAAGAUGGUGCAUUCCUCCAAGAAAACGAUGAAUGGAAGGUAUCACUGCCGCAGUUCCUGGUUGGCACCCCCGAAAUGAAUGAGCUGCUCAUCACUGGGGAUGCCGAGGCGUCUGAAGUUGAAGCCACAGAGGAAGACAGCGAUCCCUCUCUGUCUUUCGAUGACAACAGUCCAGGAACCUCGACCAGGAUCGCCUCAACGUCCACUGCUGCGACAUCUAACCUUGCUUGGGAGCAGAUCGUAGAGGUCGAAAAGGAACUCGUGGCGACAGAGCAACAAUUCAUCAUUGGCCAGUUGCAGAAAUCCCUCAAGCAUGAGCAAGACUUGUCGCAAAGUUUCCGUCUACAGCUUGUUAGCCGUGAACAUGAGACUGAAUCGCUUCAAAAAGAGCUGAAGCGAGCUAUGGCCCGGCUCGCUCAGUAUGAAGAGGAGUCCGACGACAACGACGUCAAAAUCUGCGUUCUUAAGCGCCAAUUGGCCGCAAAAGAAGAAGUGCUGGUUGCGCUAAAGUCCAAGUCAGCCGUUACGACUCAGCAACUUGAGCACCUCCGGCAGCACCCAGUUGUCAUCGGUGACCCAGAGCUCCUUGCUGAGCUGGAUCAGUCCAACCAGCAAACACACUAUUACUAUGAGCAGGCUGUCAUGCUUGAAAAGUGUGCCCACGCAGCGGCGAUUGCGCGUAGCAAUUUGGAAAUACAAUUGAAGAAGCAGGAAACUGAAUUCCAAAAAUUCUGCACUCAAUGUGAUGAGAACCUCGAUCAUGCCGUCGACACCAUAUCGGGGCUUGAGCAACAGCUAGUACACAUGGCUCAGCUAAAGGAUCGGGCAGAGGGUGAUGUCGAGGAGUUGAAACAGUUUGUCGAGGCUCUGGGCAGGAACCUCACCGCCGAUUAUGUGAAGGACCCAACUCCCGUGGUCAAUAACCCCCUGACGACCAGGCCCGACCAACUUCGUGAUCUACAGCAGGCUUUCGAAAUGUCUCAGAAGAAAUGUGCCGAGGCAGCCAUGGUCAAUCAAGACUUGGAGCAAGAGGUUCAGAGGAAGACGAGGGAGGUGGAUUAUCUUCGCGAAUCUCUGGUUGCUGAGAAAUUGAGCCUCGCUAGACUUUACGAGUCUUUAGAAACUUACAGAAGCGAGUUCGAAUCUGCAGACCCUGACGGGAAAUCGAGAUCCCUCGCACAGGAGUUGGAUUUUGUCUACAGGGACAAUACGAACCUAGAACAACAGCUCCUGGAAAUAAAGCAUCACCAUGCAGCUGAGCUUGAGCAUAUGAGCAAGAAGAUCACGGAUCUGGAGGAGCAGAAUAUCAAGCUAGAUGGUGAAAAUUUUAAGGUCCAUGACCUCGAGGCCCAGCUCAAGAAUAUGCAGGAGCAGGUCGGUAUGUUGGACGGCAUUGCGAACAGCUGGAAGAACCAAUGCAUACACCAGGCAGGGGGACCCACUGCUGAUGUUCUUGCAAACACCUUCAAGGAGCAGGCCGAGCGGCACACCCACGAGAGGGAGGCCUUGAUGCGUCGGAUGUGCCAGUUCAAUGCUCAGGUUGCGGUGCUUGAAGAUGACCUAGUCAUCCUCAGAGAUUGGGUGAGCAGCAACUUGGCCGGCGUCCGCGCCCUAGAAGCUGAACGAGACUACAACCACGCGUUGGUGAUCGGCUUGCGAGAGCGCUUUGCUGCAGAGCUGGAGACCAAGCCUUUCCACAUCCCUUGGAAUCCGACUUUCUCGACUCUGACCAGUGACGAAGAGAGGCAGCAGCUCAGUAUCGAAGACGCCCUGAUUGCCAAAGUGACCGGUUUAAACCUCCGCAGAGCUGAGGAGUGGUCCAAGGCAGAACAGAAGAAGGCCGCAGUUGGAACCCCCACAGCGAAAGGGGUCAUGGAGGAGAAGCCUCGUGGUAUUACGGCUAAGGAGAUAUGGGAUGGAAUAGCCCAGGCUGUCAACGGCACUAAUGGUCCAACUCCGAAGUGCUAG